CUACAUGCAUGAUGCAUAUGUUCACCCUGAGGCAGCUUCCAUUGGCACAAGUAGCACGACGAACUACGUCGAUCCUUGGGCUGCCAAAGGCAAAAAGGGCGUCUUCCACCCCCCACGAGUGUGUGACAACAGCUUAAUUGCGGCCAAAUCAUGCAAUCAUGGUAUUAUUGGUACCGCGAGGCGCUGGCACUCUCCAGACGGGUCUCCACGUUGCUGUCCAAUGUGCGGGAGUUGAGUCGCCAAAAGACUAUGCUGUCCAAUGAGAACAGUGAACUGAGGGGCAAGGCGUGGGGGUUGGAGCGCGAAAAGACUAGAAUGUUCAACGAGAAUCGUGAGCUCCAGAGCCAGGUCUCCACACUAGGGUGCAAGGCACGAGAGUUGCAGGGCCAGAACACCAAACUUUCCGAUGAGCUAGCCAAGCAACGGGAGGACACAAGGAAGGCAGGCCUGCUGUUCAUGGACGCCGCCGAUACGUACCAACAAGCAGCAAAGAAGCAAAUCAAGACAAAGGUGGAGGAAUUGCAGGACACUAGGAAGGCGAGCCUGCUUCUGAUGAACGCUGCCGACGCGUACCAAGAUGUAGCGAAGAAGCAAACUAAGGCGAAGGUGGAGGAAUUGGAGGACAUGAAGGCAGCGGUUCUAGUGUUGAUGAGCGCUGCGGAUUCGUACCAGCAAGAAGCAAAGAGGCAGAUUAAGGAGAAGGCGGAGGAGUUGAAGAUCCUAAGGGUCCAGAAGGCGGAGAUGGAUGCGAGGGCAGCGUCUUUGGAGUCGGAGCUCAAUGCAGCUCUGUAUAAGAAUCAGGAAUUGGAGGUGGGUUAUGAUUCGGUGAAGGGUGAAAAUAACGAGCUUCGGUCAGAGAUUGAGAGGCUCAUGAUGGAAUUGGGUGCAUUGAUGGACGCGGGAGAGGCAGCUACAAAGGCAUUUGAUGGUGAGAGGACAGAAAUCAUGAAGGAAUUCGAAGACCUUAGGAUGAUGAAGGUUGAGGAAACUCAAGCCAACAAGGAUUUAACGAAGGUUAAAAAUGAUAAGCUUCCGUCGGAGGUGUUGAUUGCAGACCAAAAUGAUUGAAACAGAUGUUUAGAAGGAAUGAACACUAAAAUACAUUGGUGCUUUCAAAUGGCUUUACCAUUGAGAAUUGAGAAAUAGAUAAUAAUUAUGAUAUUGCUUAUCAAAAUACAUUAUACAUGAAGGAAUUUUAUCUAUUUUAAUUAGAU